AUGUCGUCUGCCGAUUCCGUCAGCAAUCCCUUCAACUUCAAGGGUGGCGACGUCAAGAUCAAGGUCAAAUACAAAGGAGAGGAGAUGGUGGGUAUGGUCGCUACUCAAGCCAUGGUAUUGGCAAGUCCUGUCUGGGAGAAAUUCAUCUUUCCACCAUGGUCCAACGAAUCCUCAAAGGUGAAGGAGAUUGAUUUCAGCGGAGACGACGGAGAGGCAAUGUUGAUCCUACUCAAUAUCGCUCACCUGCAAUUCUGCUAUGUCCCGAACGAGUUACAUUACCUGCUGCUGUAUCAAAUCGCCAUCCUCUGCGAGCAAUACGAUUGUCAUGCUAUCCUCAAGCCCUGGCUGGAAAGUUGGCUUAAGAAUGAACCCAAUGAUCUGUAUGCAAUUGGCAAGGAGGAGUGGAUCUAUAUCGCUUGGGCAUUUGGCAGGGAGAAUUACUUUCGUUCAAAAGCGACGCUUUUGUUGCUACAUAUCGAAUUACACCAGGAUGGAUCUCCUUUCGUUUUCUAUGGCACAAAAGUUUCAGAGGUGAUGCCAGACAAGUUCUUAGAAAAUAUUAUGGUAAUUCGCGAGGCAAAGAUAAAUGAGUAUCUCAACCUGGUUUACAAAGAAGUUGACCGAUAUAUGCAUGGCAAGAAUACCGUUUGCGGUUGCGUACUAGAACGGAAGAGCUGUGAUGCAGCUCUGAAUGGCGCACUCGUCCUGGAGCUUGGACGCGCUGGACUUUGGCCCCGUAUCUCAGCAAAAGACUACAAGGGCACGCUCUACAGUCUGAGAUUUACCAUUCAAUUCCUGGACAUCCAUCCAUAUCAAUCAACUACGAGUUGUGAGCAGCGUCAGGAUCACAGCGAUUGUGGAGUAGCUUCUGCACAGAAAAAGUGGGUUGAUAUCUUGUGUGAAACCUUACCCAAUGCAGUUCUAGACUGCCACACCCGCCAUAUGAAGAUGAGAAACGGAACUGCUACCAGGACCGAAGAUGGACAAGAUCCUCGAUGUGUCCGCUGCAAUACUUACCACGUACCCACCAACAAUUGCCCUCCCAAUCCACGUAAACGACCAGCGGAAUAG